UUUUAAUUAUUAUUUAUUUUUCACAAAAUUUAAUUCAUAGUUAUGGCACCCCAAAAAAAAGUACGAAAUUAUUACAGUUUUGGAGGUUUCUGAAACCUCUGCCUAUUGUGGAGGCUUUUGAUUCCUUUGAAGCAAUCAAUGACCUCUCUGUCUCUCAUUUGCCAGCAAAGAGAGAUUGUUUAAUGUUGUUUAUGGUUCACAUUUUUAUACAAUAUCACAUUUUCACUGAAUCUUCCUCUGCGUCUCUCAGGAGGAAGAAGAUCAUUCAGUUGAAGCACACAUUUAAAGGGUUUUGUUGAGAGGCAAUGGAAGGGGGAGAAGAGUUUCAAGAAGAAGAAGUGUGGUCAGUUUUGAGAGAAAGUGAAACUCAAGGUCCUGAAAUGAAAAUGUCCAAAAGUAACAAUCUCUUCUCAGCCUCUUCCUCAUCUUCUGCGAGGUACAUUCCUAAAGGCAACGAGGUCUCUGGAGGGGCAAAACAGUCAUCUGCUCCAAUGAAUAUUCCUGACUGGUCCAAGGUUUAUGGGUAUUCAAAGAAGAACACAAGCAGCCACUUGCAUUCAUGGGCCAUUGACGAUGAUGAUGAAGGCUCAAUGGUUCCUCCACAUGAGUUAGUAGCAAAAAGACUUGCAAGAACGCAGAUCUCAUCAUUCUCUAUGUGCGAAGGAAUCGGAAGAACGCUCAAAGGAAGAGAUCUCAGCAAAACAAGAAACGCUGUCUUAACAAGAACUGGUUUCUUGGAAUCGAAUAUCACAUCUUCAUCAACAACAUCACCACCAUAGUUUUGGCAUGGCAUGGAGCAUGGCUGGAUGAUCAAUAUCACAUUCACACAAAACCCUUUUUAGCACCAUACCAUAUCAUUAUCAUGAAAAAAAAACCUAAAACCUUAUGGUAUCCACAUGAUUUUUAUUAAAUAUCAAUGUUAUUGUCGUUAUCACCAUGUAGGGAAUCAUGACACUACCAAUAUGGUUGAGUUCUCUUUUUUUUUUUUUGUUGUUGUUGUUGUUGUUGUUGUUAGGUUUUUGGAUUUUUUUAGAUAAGUAUGAUGACGAUGAGGAUGACUUGUCAAUCCCAUGCAUGGGCCCAUACCAUUUUUCUCAUGUUAUGUUUGUAGUUCUCAAUGGUCUUUUAACUCUUU